AUGGAUAAAGAAACUUGCAAAACUGCUGUAAAUAUUCUACCUGGAUUGAAAUGCACAAAGAAGAAGUAUGACUCAGACUUUUUAUUAAAUAAUAUUUACAAAACCACCAUAAAAGAAAAAUGUAUCUUCAACAAAAAACAGACUCUUCACGCUGUUGAAAAUUAUAGCAUUGAUGAAAUGCAUGAUUUUAGAGAAGGUGUAGGUAAUGAUGACAUGAUAGUAACUAGUAAAAAAAGUAAAUUUUAUACUUUUCCUUUCACCAAAUUAAACGAUCGUUUAAUUCCAAACGUCACUAUAGCGAAGUAUACUUUACAUAUAAGUGAACAGAGUGGAUCAGUAAUUAAUUUUUCAGGCAUACAACCUGAGUCAAAACAUACAAAUUUAACAUUGUAUGUUACUGUCGGUAAAUCUCGCGGUGAUUAA